GUUUAAUCGAUAAACAAUCAAUAUUUUCGCAGCUUUCGUACAAGCAACUUUUUUUUAUAAAGUUUAUGCAGUUAAAGUGCCAAAUUAAAAUUAACAAACUUUGAAUCAGUUUCUAACGAAUGCCAACAUGCUCAAUCUAAACGUGGGCAUCCUGGGCCACGUCGAUUCGGGCAAAACAACGCUGGCCAAGGCGCUCAGCGGCAUUGCCAGUACGGCCGCCUUCGACAAGAACCCCCAAUCGCAACAGCGCGGAAUCACGCUGGACCUGGGUUUCAGCGCCCUGCAGCUUCCGUUGCCAGCACAUUUGAAGGGUAAGGACGACCAGAACGGCGGUGAUUUAUUGCAGUACACAUUCGUGGAUUGUCCCGGUCAUGCCAGUUUGAUCCGGACGAUUAUUGGCGGGGCGCAGAUCAUCGACAUGAUGAUACUGGUGGUGGACAUUGGGAAAGGGAUUCAAACGCAAACGGCCGAAUGUCUUGUGAUUGGGGAGUUGACCUGCCGGCGAAUGAUUGUGGCCUUGAAUAAGAUCGAUACGGUGGAGGAAAGCAAGAGGGCAAAGGCCGUGGAGAAAAUGAGCAAAGGAUUGGAGAUGGCUUUGGCUAAGACGAGAUUUGUGGGUUCUCCCAUUGUGGCCAUAUCGGCAGCUGGAGGUACUAAUUUGGAGAGAUUUGUAGAAAUGUUGGUGCAGUAUUCGGUAGUUCCGAAACGGAAUUACGACGGUCCGUUCUUGUUCGCAGUGGAUCAUUGUUUUGCCAUUAAAGGUCAAGGAACGGUUUGUACCGGGACCGUGCUGCAGGGGAGCGUCAAACUAAACGAAGAUGUAGAAAUUCCAAAGUUGAAACUAGUCCGGAAGAUUAAGUCCAUGCAGAUGUUCAAACAGAGCCAGCAAGUGGCAAGGCAAGGCGAUCGUGUUGGGAUUUGUAUUACUCAGUUUGACCCCAAAUUGUUGGAACGGGGUCUUCUCUGCAAGGUGGGAUAUGUGACGGAUAUUUACGCGGCGGUUUUUCGAUUGAAUACCAUCAAGUACUACAAGGGCUCUCUGAAACACAAAUCCAAGUUCCACAUUACCUGUGGUUACGAGACAGUAAUGUCCACUUUGACUCUUUUCAAAGGAUCUAGCCCGGAAUUCACCGCUUCCGAACAGUAUGAGUUUCUAGAAGAGCUUGAUCAGGACACCAUCGAAAGCAACCCUCAUGUCUUUGCUUUACUAGAAUUCGAAAAACCUAUCCAAGCCAUCCCGAAUGCAAUGGUCAUUGGCUCCAAAUUGGACACCGACAUCCACUCGAACACGUGUCGAUUGGCGUUUUACGGACACCUAACCCACACCUGCCCGGACAAAGACUAUCACAGCACAUUCCUCCCCACCUUGCAAAUAUUCAAACAAAAACAAAAAACCGGAACCAUCCAGCGAGUGGUCAACGAAACGGAACUCAUUGCCGCUGGCCUGUUUAAAAAAGAGGGUAACAAUCGGACGGCAUUCGUCGGGUUGCGGAUCGAACUCAGCACCGGCGAAACCGGUCGAAUAGAGGAUACAUUCGGGGCCAGCUCGAAGGUGAGGCUAAGGUUUAUGGAACCGCUUCGGGGUGCCACGCUGGAAGCGCUGAAGGAUAAAAAACCCUCCUCGGAUCAGAUAACGGUGGUGGUCAAGUACAAAAAGUUUCUCUUCCGAAAGGAUGGUAAUAAAAUUGUUCAGUGAAUA